AUGAAGGUUGAUUCUGGAGUUAAACUUUUCAUGAACAUGAAUUCUAUAUCCAUAAUAUUAUGCCUUUAUAGUGAGGAAAUAUAUACUUUUAAACUUCUCCUAUAUCGUAAAAAAGUAAUGAGAAGUUUAAACUUUAUCAUGAAGCAUAACGACAAGUGGAUUGCAUCUAGGAUAUCUGACAAAUUAUCAACAAAUCAAACCAAAAAAAAAAGGAAAAAAUUGCUUUCUAGUUGUAAUGAUAAUGACAUUUGGGACGAAAAAGGAGCAAAAAAAUUUUUAAAAUACGUAAAAAAAAAUUAUAGAAAAUUCGCAGAUAUAUCUUCACACGAGAUUCCUGCUGCCACCGCCAGUACUUCUGCUGCCGCUGUCAUUCCUUCUGCUGCCAUCAAUACUUCUGCUGCUGCCGCCGCCAUUACUUCUCCUGCCACAAGUACUUCUACUACCGCCAGUAAUACUUCUGUCGCCGCCGCCAUUACUUCUCCUGCCACAAGUAUUUCUACUACCACCAGUAAUACUUCUGCCGCCGUUGCCGCUAUUACUUCUCCUGCCACAAGUAUUUCUACUGUCGCCAGUACUACUUCUGCCGCCGCCGCCACCAUUACUUCUCCUGCUGCCACCGCCAUUACUUCUCCUGCUGCCACCGCCAUUACUUCUCCUGCCACAAGUACUUCUGCUGCCGCCGCCAUUCCUUCUGCUGUCGCAGUUACUUCUGCUGCCGCCAGUACUACUAUUUCUGCUGCUGCCGCCAUUCCUUCUGCUGCCGAAGUUACUUCUGCUGCCGCCAGUACUACUAUUUCUGCCACCGCCGCCAUUCCUUCUGCUGCCGCAAUUACUUCUGCUGCCGAAAAAAUCAUCUUAAUAGAUGAAGAUUUUGAUCCUACGUGGAUCAAAUCAGUAGAGCAAGAGUUGUUUCAAGACCAAAGAAUUGAGACACUUACUAAACAAAGAGAUGAGGCCUUCAAACUUAAUUCAAGUUUAAAUGAAAGAAUGGUACAUAUGCGUUACGAAAUGGAAGUAUUAAGAGCCGAAAAAAGACUUUUAAAUCACGAAAUUUUUACGUUAAGAAGAAAAUUAUACAAUUGA